AGGGCCACCGUACACUAGAGAGCAGUAACCACUCUUCAUCCUCAGAUCAACCAUCACGUCCUCAGCUAAGAUCACAUGCGUGCAGCAUAAGAUCCUUCAAACACCUUCAAAAUAAAACCAUUAAACACGAAGACCCGUGCUGUGGUCACGGGACUGUAGAGUAUUGGAGUGAUACAUCUUGCUUCAAUAUUUACUCUUUGGAAUGUCAGCCCGGAAGACUUGGUCGGCCCCGAUGAUGCUGUAAAACAACAGGAGGACUUUCCUGUCUCACCGCAGGAAUGCCAGGUGGAGACUAUGGGGAGCUCGGGGGCAGCCUCCCAGCCAUUGCCUCCUUGAACGCCUCCUACUCCACGUCCAUGUCCCUCCCGUCCCCGUACCUGCUGGUUCCACCUGCGGAGCGCAAAGCCAUCUCGGACGUCCGCCGCACCUUCUGCCUCUUCGUGACGUUCGACCUCCUCUUCAUCUCUCUCCUGUGGAUCAUCGAGCUCAACAUCUCCAGCUCCAUCUGGGAAGGCUUGGAGAAAGAGGUGGUCCAUUAUAACUACAAGUCUUCCUUCUUUGACAUCGUGCUCCUCGCGGUGUUUCGCUUCCUGUGUCUACAAGUGGGUUACGCUGCUUUUCGGUUGAAGCACUGGUGGGUUAUUGCGAUUACCACUCUGGUGACCAGCGUCUUCCUCGUUGUGAAGGUCAUCAUAUCUAGUCUCCUCUCCCAGAAUGCAUUUGGCUAUGUGCUCCCAAUCACUUCCUUUGUGGUGGCCUGGCUGGAGACCUGGUUCCUGGACUUUAAGGUCCUCACUCAGGAGGCUGAUGACGAGAGAGCCUACCUAGCGGCGGUGAACGCAGCCUGUGAACGAGCUCCCAUGAUCUUCCCCCGAGCUGUUUCAGACGGGCAGUUCUACUCUCCCCCGGAGUCCUUGGCAGGCUCUGAGGAGGAUCUUGACGAGGAGGGGCUUGGUCGCAGAGCCGUCACUGCUCAGGAGAAGGAGUUCGUCCGGCAGGGUCGUGAGGCCAUGUCUGUGGUGGAACAGAUCCUCAACCAGGAGGAGAACUGGAAGUUUGAAAAGAACAACGAGAUGGGAGACUCUGUCUACACCCUGGAGAUUCCUUUCCAUGGAAAGACUUUUAUUCUCAAGGCCUUUAUGCAGUGCUCAGCUGAGCUGGUGUAUCAGGAGGUGAUUCUGCAGCCAGAGAAGAUGGUCCAGUGGAACAGAACUGUGUCUGCCUGCCAGAUCCUUCAAAGAGUGGAUGACAACACUCUGGUGUCGUACGACGUCUCAGCCGGAGCAGCCGGGGGAGUCGUGUCUGCUCGGGACUUCGUUAAUGUUCGGCGGGUGGAACGCAAACGGGACUGCUACUUGUCUGCUGGCAUGGCAACCGAUCAUGACGCCAAACCUCCGAGCAACCGCUAUGUCAGGGGAGAGAACGGUCCAGGGGGGUUUGUAGUCCUCAAAUCCAGCAGUAACCCGUCAGUCUGCACCUUCAUCUGGGUCCUCAACACAGACUUGAAGGGCCGACUGCCUCGCUACCUCAUCCACCAGAGUCUGGCUGCCACCAUGUUCGAAUUCAUGACUCAUCUACGCCAACGUAUCGCUGAGCUGCGGCCUUCUCUCCGCUCCCACCACCACAUUUAAAACAGCAGAGACGUCUAACCUCGCCACAGCUGGAUGAGAGGUGCGACAGCUGAAAACCACUGUGAUGCUGCAAAGCUCGAGGGAUGAGCGAACUGCAGCCAAGAAGACUUUUUUUUUCAGACUUGUGACGUCACAUUUCAGUCACAGGAGAAGAGAGGCGUGAUACGGUUAUCAAAGACGAUGUUUGCUUCAGUGGACCUGUCGUCAUUUUGCCGUGUCCCUCCCCCUGCAGUGAGACUGUAUCCUGAUGCUGUCAGGUCUUUGUGCUGCAGGGUGGACGUUACUGAAACAAGAAAACAUAAAUGAAGUUAAAGCGUGAUUCUCGCUGGGUGGGCGUCGGUCUCACUUGGUAUGAAGAAUCAUGCAGCAGCAUGAAGCAGCUGUCUCUCUGAGCCUUAUCUUACUGCGCUCAUGUCAGCCUUUUUUUUUUAUUCCCUGAUUUUCUUUUUGACAUUUUCGGUUUUCUGUGCAACUUUUCUCUUCUGUGUUCAUUUAAAAAAAAAGCCUCUCGUGCAACCUGCUCAAAAAACAAAUCUACAUAUCACAGCCAUAUCUCCAGAAACCCUUCCUUUUUAGAUGAGCCAGCUUCACACGGUUGACCCUGCUGUACUUCACUGUGAUGAACGGGGAAGGAAGCCACACUGUCAUGCUGUCUAAUCACCACUGGAGGGAGACACCACUGAACCACACAGUCGGAGCCUCUCGGUUUUACAUCUUCCCAUAAAUCCAAGGUGCAGAAAUCUGUGAACUAACAUGUUUUUAAACUCACUGAGAGUUUUUGAUUCUGUUUGUUUUGGGAUCAGAAGCAGCAGGAAGUCGUGUCAGUAGGAUCUUCGUCUGUGUUGUAAUGCAUUAUCACGCUCAGUUAGCAUGGAUAAUGAUCAUAGAUUAGGACUGUAAACUCUCUGAAACACUCUUUUUGUGCCAAUAACCUGAAGUGCCCUUGUGUAAAAUAGCAUUACUGAUUCAUCAUCAACAUUAUUAAUGUUUACUGACCUAACAUCCUUUGACUUCAGUGCUUGAGGCUCCAAGAUUCAGCACUGAGCGAUGUUAUUCUACCAUGUCUCGCAUUACGCAACCUUAAUGUUGUUUUUAAUCAUUUAAAAGUGUCUUUCCGCCUCGUAAAGUUUUAGUUUUGUCUCAAAGUCUGCACCUCAGUGAAUGAAAAUGUAUCAGUGUACAUGUAUGAAGACUCUCAGAAGGCUAAUGGCUCAACAUACUGUGGAGAGGAACCAGAGUCACUCGUUCUUCCGUUUGCUUCUGAUCUUGAGAAAGGAGACGUGUUGGAGAGUUCACACUUCAGAUGGAGCGUAUAGUUGGGUGUUAACGUGUCGCUGUGAGUGGGAUGUGGUCAUUUAUCACAUCAUGUGUGAGAGACGGCUGAGCGGCCCUGAGGUGUUGCUCUUUCUUAGCGCAGGUAUGUUCUGGUGCUGCAUUCACCGUCAGAUAUUACAACCUCGCACAGAAUUUGAAAUGUUCUGUUUGAUUCUUUCUUCGGGUUGAUUUUAGCUUCUCAAUGUCAAAUGAAGAUAACUCAUGAUAUCAACAAUCUGGUGCCUUUAUCACAGAUGCAUCACAUGUCAGCCUUCACUAUGGUUUGCUUUUUUACAAUAGAUAUACUAAAUGCAUACACACCCUGCCUGUAAUCAUUCUCUGUCCAUUUUAAUAAAACUUGUGAAUGUUUGUAUCUACUGAACAUUUAUCAGACAUGUUAAUUUAAAGCCAUCACACAGGAAUAUUGACCAACACUGUCUGAGUCUUAACCAGUGUCUUCUGUUUAAUAAAUUAUAUGAACUCAU